AUGGCGGGGUUCAAAUAUUAUCACUACGAACCUUCAUUUGCAGCAGCGGUCAUUUUUGCGAUUCUAUUUUGCGUCGCGACAGUCCGUCAUAUUCAACUUCUGUCAAAAAAUAAGACUUGGUACUUCUUGCCAUUUAUAAUCGGAUGUCUAUUUGAGGCUGGAGGAUACAUUGCGCGUGCCAUGUCGGCACGGCAAACGCCAAACUGGACGCUGAUGCCAUAUAUUAUCCAAAGUCUGCUGACGCUCCUCGGACCAACAUUUUUUGCCGCUUCCAUAUACAUGAUCUUGGGUCGCCUAGUUCAUUUCCUUGACGCGGACGCAUAUUCCAUGAUCCGGCCGCGAUGGCUUACAAAAUUCUUUCUGCUCGGCGAUAUCUUAUCCUUUUUCGGCCAGGGCGGUGGGGGUGGUAUACUGGCCACAGCUAAGACCGAGUCAUCCCAAAGUAUGGGUAACAAGGUUAUUCUCCUCGGACUCGGCAUUCAGGUCGUCUUCUUUGGCCUCUUCAUUAUCGUUACACUGGUAUUUCACACACGCAUCACUAGGGGCGCAACCCCGAAGUCACUCGCUACUGUGGCUCCAUGGCAGAAGUUCCUCUGGGUACUCUAUCUGACCAGCUUCCUGAUCAUGAUACGGUCGAUAUUCCGUAUGGCCGAAUACGCACAGGGAAAUGACGGCUCUUUACUCCAGAAAGAAGCAUAUUCGUAUGUCUUGGAUGCUUUGUUAAUGCUUGCUGUGACCGCAUGCUUCGCUUUCUUUCACCCCAGCAGAGUCCUGAAAAAAGAUCAAAUCACUCAUGAAGACGUCAGCUUUCAGGGAAGUGGAGAUGAAUAUCUCAUGUCUAAGAAAAACGGAUUUACGAGGAUCUGA